CUACAUGAAAAGUUCUUCGAAAUAAGAGGUGACAAGAAUAUUUUAUUUUAUCAAAUAACCAAUGAAAACAUCGAAAUAAACAAAAGUUUCCGCGACUGCUGAAAAAGCAAAUAUUGUGAAUAUUUAGGGACGGAGGAAGUAUUACACACAUUGGCACUAUAUAUAUAUAGUCCCAUCUUAAACUCAUUCAGUAUAGUAUAUGUAUAUCCAACAAUGACUUCCCCUAUUGCUCUGCUUCAAAACACUCUCCAAUGGCUUCUUCUUCUUCCUCUCCUCUUAGCUUUUCACCUUUUCCCACCACCCUUCUCGUCAGCACAGAAGCAGAGGUCCACUUACAUUGUCCACAUGGACAAGUCCUUCAUGCCCGCCGCCUUCCCCACCCACCACCAGUGGUACUCCGCCGCAGUUGACUCCCUCCACAUUCCGUCCACCGAAGAUGACGACGGGGGAAGUUCUUCCCCGAAGCUCGUCUACUCUUAUGACAACGUUGUUCACGGUUUCAGCGCCGUCCUGUCAGAGGGCGAACUCGGCGCCUUGAAGUUGUUGCCAGGAUUCGUUUCUGCGUAUAAAGAUCGGAGAUUUGAAAUGCAGACCACUCAUACUCCGGGGUUUCUGAAGCUUAAUCCGGAUUCUGGGUUAUGGCCGGCGUCGAAAUUUGGGGAGGAUGUGAUUAUUGGGGUGAUUGAUUCCGGAGUUUGGCCGGAGUCUAGGAGCUUUGGAGAUUUGGGGAUGACGGAGAUUCCCCGGAGAUGGAAGGGAAUUUGCAGGGGAGGAAAAGAGUUUAAUUCUUCGGCGUGUAACAAGAAACUCAUCGGAGCUAAUUAUUUCAAUGCCGGUGUUCUCGCCGACAAGCCGGGGGUCAAUAUAUCGAUGAAUUCCGCCCGGGAUACUGACGGACAUGGCACGCACACGGCGUCGACGGCCGCCGGGAACUCAGUCGGAGAAGCUUCGUACUUUGGCUACGCCAAUGGUACGGCCAGAGGAGUGGCGCCUCGAGCUCGUGUGGCUGUGUACAAGGUGAGCUGGGACGAAGGAAGCUUCACCUCCGAUCUCAUCGCCGGCAUGGACCAGGCAGUCGCCGACGGCGUCGAUGUGAUUUCCAUCUCUCUUGGCUACCGGGAAAUACCUCUGCACGAAGACCCCAUAGCCAUCGCCGCUUUUGCCGCCACGAUCAAGGGCAUUCUCGUCACCGGCUCCGCCGGGAACAGUGGGCCCACUCCGGGUUCUUUAAACAACGGCGCUCCAUGGAUCUUGACGGUCGGCUCCGGCACAACGGACCGGUGGUUCGCCGGAACAUUGACCCUGGGCAACGGGCAAAAAUUCAGGGGAUGGACUCUGUUUCCCGGGAAAACACUCGUGAAAAACGUAAGUCUCCUCUACCAUCCGUCAAUCUCCGACUGCGAUUCCCCCGAGGUGGUCGGUCAGGUGGCCAACCCUAACUCCACAGUCCUGAUCUGCGUCAGGCCUCUCGCCGGAGACGUAUUCUCCAGCCAAAUGAAGUACGUCGGAGACGCCGGAAUUCUAGCCACAGUCUUCAUCAACGACGAACAGACCAUCUUCGGGUCAACUUACUUCCCCAAUCCCGGCGUCGUCAUCAGCCGGGAAGACGGAGAGCAAGUAAUCAAUUACGCAAAAGACGCCGCCGGCGACCCAAGAGCGACGAUCACAUUCAAAGAAACGCUUUUCGGGGAGAAACCGGCGCCGGCUGUUUCGAAAUCGUCGUCAAGGGGACCGUCGCCGAGUUACCCCGGAAUCUCGAAGCCGGAUGUCAUGGCGCCGGGAGUAUUGAUCUUAGCCGCUUAUUCUCCGAGCAGAUUAGGGACAGAGUUUCAUCUGGAGUCGGGGACGUCGAUGGCCUGCCCCCACAUUGCCGGAAUUGCGGCGAUGCUCAAAGGAGCUCACCCGGAGUGGAGCCCUUCUGCAAUCAGGUCGGCCAUAAUGACUACGGCGAUAACUCUCGAUAACACCGGCGAACAAAUAAAAACUUCCGACGGCAAUUCGGUUGCGACGCCGCUAGACAUGGGUUCCGGGUUAGUCGACCCGAACAGGGCGGUGGACCCGGGUUUAGUGUACGACGCCACCCCACAAGACUACCUGAACCUCCUCUGUUCCAUGAAUCUCACCGCACCCCAGUUCCAUAGCAUAGCACGAUCUCCGGCGACCGUGAAUUGCUCCGACCCGAACCCGGACCUCAACUACCCGUCGUACAUUGCCCUGUACCCCCGCGGAGGAAACAACGGCACCUUCGACUGGUCGGUCCAGACCUUCAAGAGGACAGUCACGAACGUCGGAGAGGGCGCGACGAGGUACAGAGCGAAAGUUGAAAUUCCGAGGAACUCGGACGUGACGGUGUCUCCGAUGACGUUGGUGUUCGGGAAGAAGAUGGAGAAGCAGAGCUAUAGUUUGAGGAUCCGUUAUAGAGGCGACGAGAACCAGAGCAAGAAUGUGGGGUCCAUCACUUGGGUUGAGGUGAACGGGUAUCACACCGUUAGGAGUCCGAUCGUUGUGUCCAAUACUGUGGAUGUCUGGUAAUGAAUAUUUGGAGAGUUAUUUGAGUUAAAAUAUAAUUGCCACCAUAAGAAGGAGAUUGUGUAUGUGUAUUUACAAAUUUAUUUUAAAUGAUUGUUUUUCUAAAAGAUUGUGUACUAUAAAAAAAAGUUAUAGUUAUAAUAAUCUUUAUAACACCAU